GUUUCUAUUCACUGAAUACUUACAAAUGCUUCAAGCCUGUUAUUGGAUUAAAACAGCCUGAGGUAUUGUUAGUCAGCAACUGAGUCGGAAUGCAAACGCACGAGAGCUUGACGCCAAGUAACCUCUGGCAGCCAGGGGAAUUCACGAGACGAAUGAUGGGAGAGCGCCCCUCACCGGUUCCGCCGACGAGGGACUUGUGGCCACCGGUACAGCAGCCUCUAAGUAUUAGCACACUUCACGUCGCAUACAUGAAAGAAGAUGAACUAUCACCAAGAAGAGCGUCGACGCUACCAUUGCAACCAUACUCUCCAACGACAAUACCUAUCGAGCCCGAGUAUUACAGAAGCGGUAUGUGCUCCGUGGGAACAAAUACUGAUCCACCGCAGUCUAUAAUAGUCCGAUUCAAGCGUGUAUUAAAACGAGAGCGGCGCUACGAAACCAACGCAUUUUCGCCUCCAGUGCAUUUUACUCCUAGUAACAGAGACGCUCCCGUUGAUAUUCCUGAAUAUACUCCCACGGAGCGUGCUCUUAAUAGCCUCAAGAAAGUGUUUUCUGGCGCAAAAUAUCGUAUAGCACCAAGAUCAGAGACCACGGAGAGUCCGAAGAUUGUAUACGACAUGCCAAAGCCCGGGGACAGAAUGGUGACUACUUUUGGAGCGUCAGAGACGAGGCAAUGGCUCAAGUUGCCAUCUCGAGCGUCGUGCGUCCGCAGACUUCGGGCCGUGGCUGAUUGUUGUCAUCGCGUACCGCAGCGACCUCCUCGUCGGACUCCUCAGCCUAGAAGCUUGCAGAUCACACAGGUGAUCGCAUUAAUAUGCGGUCUGCUCGUGGUGAUCCUCAUGGUACUGGGACUGGCGUCCGCGGAUUGGCUGAUGGCAGCGGGCUGGCGGCAGGGGCUCUUCAUGCACUGCAUCGACCCUGAAGCCCCGACGCCUCUGCCCUUCGACAUCAUCGCGCAGCCGGGUUGCUACGCGGCCAGGCCAGCCACCUACAUCAAGGCAGCAGCCGGGUUGUGCGUGGCAACCCUAGCGGCUGACGUAUGCGGCGCGCUGCUCACCGGGCUAGGGCUGCGUUCGACCGACCACCGCACCAAGUUCCGCUACUACAGGUUCGCGGUUCUCGCCAUGUCGCUAGCACUGAUGUGUAUACUGAUUGCGCUGGUGAUAUAUCCGGUCUGCUUUGCUGCUGAACUUAAUUUAGGCAACAGAUCGGUGUGGGAGUUCGGAUGGGCAUACGGCGUGGGAUGGGGCGCCGCCAUAUUUUUGUUCGGCGCUGUGGUUCUGCUGCUGUGUGACAAGGAGAGCGAGGAGCUCUACUACAAGGAGCGGAAAGUUGUGAGCGGCGAGGGUGGGACGCGCCCCUAGGGUCGCGGGCGCCUGCCCGACCUCGUGCCGUGAGAGCGCUAACACACACACACACACACGAACACAGGGACCGAGACACGUAACACACACACCACCGACUAAGAUCUACCUAGUCUAGACCGACUACAUGGGAUUAUACUUUCUUUGUGUUUGUCUUUUAUUUACAAGGAAACCACUUUUAACGGAUUGUAUCGCGUACAAAUGACACAAUAUUUGAGUUCUGAUAAUAAAAACGUCACACUUUGACUAUCUCUGAGGAUGGAAAUAUUCAAUAUGUAAUGUUUAUGAAUACAGCGGUCAAUCCGUUAAAAGAUUUUUUAUUCUUUAGUGAGUGCGGCUAUUGAAAGGAUUCGAUUACUAAAGACAGUGAUUUCUGGCAUCUGUCAAAAUGACGUUUGACACGUCUGUUAAAGAAUAUGUAGUGCAGGAAUCCUUGUUGAAUGCGAGCACUCCUUUGUUAUUUGUGAUCAAACAGAGAUCUGAUUAAAUUAUAUUUUUAUUUUUAAAUUACUAUUGAUUUUAACGGGAAUUAAUAGCGUGCAUCUAUUUUUUACACAUUCACUUUUGAGUUUAUUUACACAUAAUAUGUUCCCAUUUAUUGUUGUGUUGUAUUCGUUAUACUUUAAAAGAUAUAACGUUGCUUUUAAUAGUUUGCCAUAAAUUUGAUUUUAAAUAUGAGUCUUAAAAAUAUGAAUUUUGAAUACGCAGCGAUAUUUCUCAUGAAGUACAAAUGUUGUAUGUUUUGAUGAAAACGGUGUGAAGUUGUAUUGUUGAUCUGUGGGCCUAGUCAACAUAUAUUAAUACUACUUAGUGUUUGGCUUGAUGAAAACUCAACCACGUAGUGUCGUUACUCCAAAUGAGUUGACAUGUCAUCGCUCUGUAAAUGUCAUCGUGACAUUGACAGAUGUCAGACUAAGACUAUUUUGAAUAGGACCACAGAUAAUACAGUAUCGUGUCAGUAUGAAGUAAAACGAAACGACGUAACUGUGGUGAGGCUGUGGCGUACGACUCGCGUUUUAUUCUGUUCUACAUAUUGUGAUGUUUUGUACAAAUUAUGUUUUACGAAUCUUAUUUGAUUCAACCGAAUCAUACUCACCGUGUUUUUAUUUUUGUUACAUUAUAGGUUACACUGAUUUAAGCUUUAAUUUUAAAUAUUUUUUGUUCACCGAAGGCGUAAUAGUUCGUUUCGGCACAGAGUCGUUUAGGUCUUAACUUUGAAAUUGCACAACUGUGUAGUAGUGUCAAAAUUUAUCGUUAGUAUGUAUCGCCUGUCGGCCAUAUUAUUGUGUUAAUGUGUUUAAUAUUAAGUUUAAUUUAAGGCCGUUGUUUUGUUCUCGAGCGCACUGGGCCUCCAUUGCCGGUCGGAUCGAGACCGCGAAGCCAGUGCGCUGUUAUUUAUUCGCUUUUAACUUAUUCGUUGGUUAGCGGGUUGUAAAUAUGUUAGUGUAGUUAAUCUGUGGAUCGGCGUUGUGUUGUGGGCGUGAUUGUGUCGUGGUCGAGUGACCGUGGUCGUGUGACCGUGGUGACCGUGUGACCGUGUCUGCGUGUGUCGCGUUGGCGCAGCGGCGGGCAGGCGGCGAGCGGCGGGCGUCGCUUGCACACUUCUUACACUACUCUGCUCUCUCAUUGAGUUGUUCUGAGUUGAGUGAUGCGGACUUGUAAUAUUAGUGUUGCACAAUUAGUGGUACUAAGGGCGUGCUUGAAUUGAAAGUGUACGUGUCGUAACUAUAGGCAGUUAUUCUCGAGUGUAAACAAUGGUUUAUCUGGAUAAUAUAGACAGCUGUAGUUUUAUUGUCUGUUCUUAAGAUUUUUGCGAAUCAAAGUGAGUUUCGAGCGGAAUAAGACAACGAAUUAGAGAGAAAUACGAUGUAAAUGAUGCGGCGGGUUGAAAGUAAUUCGUGUCGAACAAAACGCACUUUAAUUCGCGUGUGAACGCAUUUUAAUAAGUAUGCCUACUGAGAUAUAUAAUGGAAUUAAUGAUUUGUGUCGAAGUUACCUUUAGUGUGGUAAUAUUGAAUUAUCGUAACUUAUUAUUGUAUUAAAUAUUUUAUUAUUCGGCCUCGGUGAUAUUCAGGAAUCUCUAUAACUGUAAUAAUACUAAGCGUUAUACUUUAUGGAAUUGAAAGUGAGUUCACGUGAAGUAUUUUCUUAAUGUUUAUGUAAUUAAUUGUCUAUGGUGUAGUAUGGCUAGAUCACUAUCCGUAGCUUUAAUACUACAUUAAGUAUCGUAGUUUCAUAUUUUGUUUCCAAAACAGAUGAUAUUCUUCUUUAAUAAAUUUAUUUUUCUAUAAAAUUUGCGAUUUAAUUUUAUUCUGUAGUAUAUAAUGAAAUAUUUGUAAUUUAUAGAAUGGCACCAUUUUCAACUCGAUCGCUAGAGUCAUUUGUUUUUUCCAUUUGAAUGUGUCUAUCUAAUUAUUUGUACAGUGUUGUGAUCAUAUUGUAUCUAAAGAUGUGGUGGAUGGAAGCACUUCAAACAUAUUUUCAAUGUGUAUGAUAAAUCAAAUAUUUCUGAUAUUAAUUAAAAUAAUCUGCCAAUAAAAUUUUAUUAAUUAUUUUAAAUAAAUUAAAUGUCGUGUAUUAGUGUUCUUGUAGGUGUUGUAUCCUGCGUUUAAGUUGGUAAUCCAUUACUAUAGAUAGUUUAGGCCAAAAUUUAAUUACCUAUCACGGACAAGUAAAAUAAGAAGGACUCCGUGUCACCUUACAUAACAGUGAGGCACCAAAACAAGCCCGUAAACGUGUAAAUACAUAGCCCCAAGCAUACACUUACACUAAUACAAGCCGAUCGACCGCCAUUAUGAGAUUUGUCAUCGUCUGUGACAGAUCAGUUUGCGUCGCAAUAAAAUCUUUUAUAAAUGCCGUCGUGCGUUGUGAAAUAGUGUAAAAACAAUUCUAUAAAAGUAUUUGUGGAUAUAUGAUUAUUUAAGGGAGAAAAAUUUUUGUAUCUGGUAUAUCCCGUAACCGCACACACAGGAGCAUAACGGUGCUAAUAUCACGGCGCGGAGUCCUUCCUUUUUUACUAGUCCGUGUUACCUAUAUAAUAUACAUUGUUUAUAAGAGCAUUAUGCUAAUUUCUCAUAAAUAGUAAUUUUAUAUAGACGUAUUAGAGACAACAUGAACAUUGACAACUUUUAGAAUUAGUUGAUGUAUUUGCAUCGUUAUAUUGCCUACAUUGUACAUACAUAUAUUUAUUCUAAUGCUAUGUAUAAUCUGUCAACAUAUUUACUAAUGGUUUGGGAAAGAAGACACACACAUCUAUAAAAAAUUGAGUAUUAAAUAGAAAUUUUGGUUUAAAAAGUUUAAAUCUUAAGCACUUUCCAAAAUUAAGUUACAAUUAAUACUGAAAUAAUUAUGUUAUAAUUUUAAGUAAUGUAAAUUUGGGCGAUGUUUGAGCUUGCACUGCCAUACAACAGAUUGUUAUAACUACUUAAUUACUUAUUGUAAGAAUAAUAAUCUAUAAUCUAUCUCGGUAUCUUUAAUGCUGUUUCCAACUUAUAAUCUCUGAGCAAAAGCACUAAUCUCUGAAGCAAUUGCAUCAUUUGGCGUUGCUAGCGUGACUCACAAGCUGUUUUGUUUUUUUUUAAUUUGCUUGUUUUGUACAUUUCAUCUAAUCUCCAUUUUCAUUAUAUUGUUUGGAAUAUAAUAAUAAUAUGUUUAAAAUAGGUACAUUUAAUUACAAUUAACUCUCUACCUUAUCUCAUUUCUAUAGAGUUUAAAAGAGAGAAGCAAGAUUAAUAACAUUUUUAGAGGGUGUGCGGAGCAGAUUUACUCAGAUAGGUAUAAGUACUUACAAACAUGCGCUAAUUGUGACUAGUUAGACGGAUUAAUUUAUGCAACUGUUGUGUAAUAAGGAGUAUUAAAACGCCGAGUGUAAUUAUAAUAUCACAUGAGUGUUUUAAUACCUAAUUAUCAACAGUUGCGUACAAGACUUUAUCUACACCCAUAAUAUGAAUCCUCUAUAAAUGAGUCUGAAACACUUAGCUUACUGCUGACAUUAAAAAAGCCAGUCCUAGUAACCAUUACAUCAUCCAAACGAGUGUUGUAAUGUUGUACUGAAUUUCAUAACAACAUUCGUUGAUGUUAUGGUUAUUAGGACAUAGGACAUAAGAGGAUUUAAAGCAUGGGUGUAGAUAAAAAUAGUUACAGGCGCAAGAUGAGGACAGUUAGUAGAAGAUCAAUAUCUUUGUUCCGCAACCGAAUGAAAGAUAAUCUUGUUUUUAAAUGAUGGAAUAGCUGUACAUGCGCUUAGAUUAGCGAUAAUAUGCACUAGUCAGAUGUUUCAUCUAAGUAAUAUAGUCCUUAUGUAAAGUCGGCAACUAUAGUCAUUCAUAAUACUACGUUUAAAGUGUAUCACUGUCUUAUUCUAUAGUCGUAAAAAAUGUUCAAUGUUUGUUGAUCAGACAUUAAUUCUAAAAUUACCGUAUUUUUUUAAUAAAUUGAAAUCGUAUUUUAUGGUUCGAGUCGAGUAGCUUCGCAAGUUUUAUUGUAUACUUUUUUCUAUCUGUACGAGUGUAACCUCUAUUUUUCAAUGUAAUGUAAAGAGUUGAAGGUUAACAAUGUAUUUAUAUUCCAUUUCUUUAGCUGAUGAUGAGUCAUAUCAAUGAGAUUGAAUAAAGUAAUUCUAGAUUA